AGGCGCUCCUCUGAUUUCGCUAGCACAAAUCGUUCCACCAGAGAGGUCACCGCCAGAGUCCGGCGUCAAUCUGUGACAGAGGCUCCUCGGAGGAUCCAGCGUUGAGGAGGAGUCGAACAUGACGACAGCUAUCGAUAUCCUUUGGGCCAGUCCUUGGCUCUUGUGUAUCGGACUUGUACUUUUCGUCGUAGCUCCCGCUCUGGUUGCCAUUGAGCAGACAGCCCCUUACUCUUUCAAGCCUUAUCGAUGGCCUUCCAAGAUCUGGUCCGUAGACGAGAUACCGAAUUUGACGGGCAAGGUCGCUCUCGUGACUGGAGCAAAUGGCGGCAUCGGUGUUGAGACAUGUGUCGAGCUCGUCCGUAAUGGUGCCCAGGUGUUUAUGGGAUGUAGAUCUGAGGAAAAAUUUCAGAAGGCUCGCAACACAAUCGAUAAGCUCCUUGAUGAACGCGGCCCCGCGAGAGACAAUCGCAAGAAGGGCCAAGUUCUCUACUUCGAGUGCGACGUCAGCUCCUUGGCUCUGGCGAAGAAGGCCGCAACGGUGUUCCUGGCUCACCCUCAGGCUAAGCGCCUCGAUGUGGCUUACUUCUGUGCCGGUGCACCUUCAACUUGGGGAGCACGACCGCUCAGUGAAGACGGCAUUGACCUGAUCAUGGCAACCAAUUGCACAAACCAGUUGGCCAUGCUCGAUGAGCUCUACCCCCUGAUCAAGAAAACCUCUCGCCACAGUGCAUCAUCGUGUCGCAUCAUCUUUAUCUCGUCCAACACCGAGUUCUGGGCCAAUCUGCGGUGGCCUCUCGGCGUCGAGCCGACCUUCAAUAGUUGGAAGGACGUCAAUGACCCAAGACGAAGCGAGAAUGCGAGAUAUGCACAGAGCAAGCUUGCCCAAGCGCUCUUGGCGAGGAAGCUGAGCAGCGAUUUGAGUAACGAGAACAUUGCUUGUUUGGCUCUGCAUCCUGGCGAGAUCGACAAUGACUUUGUUCACAGGAUGUUGCCGUGGACUCAGUACAACCGCUACCUAGCUGCCAUUAUCAAGGCAAUCCUGAUUGACUCGCGCCAAGGAGCAUUGACAGGCCUCUUUGCUGCCACGGCGAAAGAAGUCGACGAGAAGCGGCUCUCGGGCCAAUUCCUUACAUACCCGGCCACGAUUAUCCAACCAAGUGCCUUUGCUCGCAACGACGUCCUAGGCAGAAAAGCGUGGGAGUUGCAGAUGGACCUUAUUCAGGGACGCAAUCUACCCCGCUGUUGAGUGCCUGUCAUUUAGCACAUCCUGGAGGCCAAGCACUUCCUUGUCCAGAUAAUAAAUAGAAAAAGGUCUCCGAUUCGGAAGUGUUGAUCACAGCUUGAUCAACGGCAAGGGUGCCCGAUGCUACUUAGAUC